GCUUCGUUCCCAGCCAGGGAGGAAAAAACAGGAGCAAGUGGAAGAGAGAGAGAGAGUGAGAGAGAGAGAGAGUCCUGCCCAGUGCAGGAAAUGCAGGGGACACUUUCUCAGGCACAGAUGUGCUCUGGGGCUGCUUCCUUUCACAAUGGACCAGCACUCUUCAUCUUCUCCUCUACCUCCACUCCUUGAGGAUCCCAGGCUUCCCCGAUGCACCUGAACUUCUCCUGGGCUCCAUCCCCUGGAGAAAUGCCCAGAUUCCUGCUGCAGCUGCUGAGAUGAACCCUGUUGACUGCAGGGCUUUGGGGCAUCAGCUCUCGUGAUCCCCUUCUCCAGCCAUGGGGUGCUGUCUGUGGCCUCUGCUCUGGUGUGCCCACAUGGUGCUGGCAUGGGGCACAGGGAUCUUCCAGCACCAGAAGCUGCCUCCUGUCAAGACCAGGACGUCAAAGGCAAAGGAAUGGGUUGCUCUGUCCUCAGCUUCCACAUGGGUGUCCAACCCGGAGUCGGACAAGGCAGACCUCGAGGGCUUUAACGCAGCCCUUGCUUUCCUACACUCUGGGGACACGUUGAGGCUUUCCCAUGCUAACUGCAGCCAAAGGUUUGAAGUGUGGGACAUGGGCAGAGCUACCAGCCCCCCUGAGGCCCUGCGGGCCUCCCUGCGUGGCGCUACCGAUACCUUGGCCCAUGCCACCAACUUUCUCAACAUGAUCUUCCAGACCAACGACAUCCGGGAGUCUAGUGUCAAGGAAGAUGUGGAGUGGUACCAAGCCCUGGUCCGCAGCCUCAUUGAGGGGGAUGCCCAAAUCCACCGGGCAGUGCUGACUUUCGAUGCCCACCCAAUGUCCUCCAAGCCCCAACUGAUGCUGCAGGCCACCAAAAAGAAGGAUGAGAUCCUGCUGCAGGACCUGUCGGGCUCCACGGAGGGUCUGAGGAACCUGAGCCGGGAGAAUGAGUGGUUCAAUGCCCUCAAGUCCCAGCAGGCCCUCUUCCUGCACAAGCGGGUCCUCAACAAUGACCUCCAGAGCCUUGACACCCCCAAGUGGAACCGCGGCGACAGCUACAUGAUGGACACUAGCCAUGUCAGGUGGUCUCCUCCCUUCUUGGAGUGUGAGGACGGCAAGUUCCUGCCCACCUGGAUGGUCACCCUCUCCUCCUCCUUCUAUGGGCUGAAGCCGGACCUGAGCCCUGAGUUCAAGGGAGUGGUGAGAAUGGACAUCAAGCUUCAAAAUGUGGACAUCAACCAGUGCGCCAGAGGGACAGGCUGGUUCUCGGAUACACACCGCUGUGACCUCAACAGCACACAGUGCGUCCCCCAGGAAAGCCAUGGCUUUGUUCUUGGAAGGUACCUCUGCCUGUGCAAGCCAGGGUUCUACGGUGCAAGCAGGUCUCCCAUCACUGCCCAGCCUGGGAUAGAGAAAAGCUCAUCUCAAUAUGGAGAAGUGAGUCCCGGGAACUUGCUGGAGUGCCGCCCCUGCCAGGAGGGAUGCGUGACGUGCGUGGACGACACCCCGUGUUUGAUCCAGGAGGAUUGGUCCCUGCGGGCUGCCGUCCUCUCUUGCCAAGCCUUCUGCAUGCUGGCUGUCUUUCUCAGUAUGCUGAUCUCCUACCACUUUAGAAAGAGCAAGAGGAUCCGUGCAUCAGGAGUUAUCCUGCUAGAAACUAUCCUCUUUGGAUCUCUGCUUCUCUACUUCCCUGUGUUUAUCCUGUACUUCAAGCCAAGUAUUUUUCGCUGUAUCGUCCUGCGCUGGGUGCGCAUGCUUGGAUUUGCAAUUGUCUAUGGGACCAUCACCCUCAAGCUAUACAGGGUCCUGAAGGUGUUCCUCUCCCGUACGGCCCAGCGAGUCCCCUAUAUGACCAGCGGGCGGGUGCUGAAGAUGCUGGGGCUGAUCCUGCUCUUGGUGCUCUGGUUCUUGGCAGCCUGGACAGUGGGGAUGCUGGAGAACAUUGAUAAGAACAUCCCGCUGGUGAUCCGCUCCCAGACUCCCCGGGGCCUUCAGUUCUAUAUCUGUGACCAUGACCGGUGGGACUACAUGAUGGUUGUGGCUGAAAUGCUCUUCUUACUCUGGGGGAGUUUCCUGUGCUAUGCCACCCGGACGGUGCCCUCUGCUUUCCAUGAGCCCCGCUACAUGGGCAUUGCCCUCCACAAUGAAUUGAUCAUAUCCACUGCCUUCCAUGUCAUCAGGUUUGUCAUGGUCCCUUCCCUGCACCCCGACUGGACGCUGCUACUGUUCUUCAUCCACACUCAUGUCACGAUCACCAUGACGCUGGCACUGCUCUUCAUCCCGAAGUUCUUGCAUGCAGGAUCACCCCUGAGGGAGGAGAUCGCAGCGGAAGUCUACGAGGACGAGCUGGACAUGAGGCGCUCGGGCUCCUACCUGAACAGCAGCAUCACAUCAGCGUGGAGCGAGCACAGCCUCGACCCCGAUGACAUUCGGGAGGAACUGAAAAAGCUUUACACACAACUGGAGGUCCACAAGACGAAGAAGAUGACUGCCAACAACCCUCACCUUCAAAAAAAGAGGAGCUCCAAGAAGGGCUUGGGUCGUUCCUUCAUGAGGCGCAUCACCGAGUUACCCGAGUCCAUGUCUCGCAAAGAGGAGAAGGACGGGUCUCUCACGGGAGGCAGCAGGAGUCGUUCAGGUUCCUACAAAAGGAGACUUCUAGACUCUGGCAGCUCCAGCAUGAAGAUGAAAGAUGAUCCUUCAAAGCGCAAACCCUUCUCUCUGAGGAAGUCUCACAGCACUUAUGACCAUGUACAGGACCCCAAGGACAGCUCCCCACCCAGAAGAGAAAGCACUUGCAAAGAUCCCUCACUGCUGGACUCCUUAAUGAGGAAAAAUCUAGCCAAGAAAGCCUCAGAGAGAUCCAACAGUGACUCCCUUGACUCAGCCCCCCUGGUCUACAAGUCUGCUAGUGCUCACAACCUCUCAGCAGACAAAAGACCCCUUCACCCAAAGCCAUCCCCACUGCAGAAAUCUCUCAGUGUCAUCACCAGUGCAAAAGAAAAGGCCCUGCUGCUGCCUAGCCAGGCAUAUUUGGAAGAUAGCUACCAACAAACUAGAGAAGAGAAGAAGAUAGAAGAGGGAGCCUCCACUCCUGAAAUGCAGUACUUGAGGUAUACAGAUGGUGGGGAGGCAGCCAACCAGACCACAAAGCAGCCAGAGAGCAAGAAUGUAUCAGAAGGGACUCUGAGCACUCUCCUACAAAACAGUUUCGAUAAAGCCGAAGUUUGCCCCUGGGAAGUGGAAGAGCCCGUGUCAGAGAGCAAGUCACAGAAACAUGUCACAUACGCUCCUAUAAAGAGCAUCAGCGUCGACAGCUCUCACUUGUCUGGGAGGAUUCACCCUCCCAGCAAGAGGACACCGCCAGAGCCGCCCAUCAGGUACCAAAGCUUGUCUCACAGCCUUGAGAAGAGCGAGGCGGCUCCCUGGAACGUCCAGGAGCAAAAGCAGUCUCCUGCAGAUGCUGCUGGUAAGGAUGCAAAAGAGGCCCCGGAGUUCCUCAACACCUGGGAGGUGGAGAAGCUUCCAAGGAAAGCUGAAAUAGCAGACAAGGGAAGAAGUGAGCAGAGAGAAGGCAGCGCACAAAUGUCAUCCACUACAGGGAAGAACAAACUGACAACUCCAUCCUCUGUGGCUGCAGAAAUAUCUCCCUGGGAAGCACAGGCUUGCAAUCAGGAUCAACAUGAUAAGCCCACUGAACCAGGAGACUCCAAGAAACCAAGAACCUCUUCAGCAGCCCCCCCAAAUCUGAAACUUCUGUGCCGGAAAAACUCCUUCAAGAGCUUAGGGCUUGCCAUUAAAGCACUUAACCAACCAAAGGCAAACAGCAGUAUUAAGGGAAAGAAGGAGGGAGAGGGGAGUCAGAAAAAGAAAGACAGAGACCGAAGCAGUAGGAGAGAUAAUUCCAAAGUGGUAGAAACAUCAGCAGUAGCUAUCAGAGAGAGACCCAAGCAAAACGACAGAGCCAAAGGGCCCGAUGAAAGCCAGGAGAAAAUGGUCAUUAGGCAAGCAACCAUCUGCCCCUGGGAAGAACAGGAGACAAUCCCAAACCAGCAAAACAAUAAUUCCAGUAAAGUGUUUGAAACAUGCCCAUUACAGGUAAGCAAAGGGAAACCAGAGGGUCCCCAGGAUGAAUCAGCAUCUAGUAAAGGGAGUGCCAGAACAGAAAGGAGGAGUCUGAAAGACACAAGAGAUACCACAGACAGCAAUCUGGAAAAGAUGAGAAGCCAGUGGGAAAUCACAUAUCCCCAGGAGUCCACAGCCUCUUAUGGAGUCCCAGAAAAACUAAGCAAGUCCAAGAACAAAAUCUCUGAUCAGUCCAACAACGAUCCAAAUGUGGGCAGCAAGAAGGCAGAAGCCCAGCCUCGGGCAGCUGCAGAGGCUAAACCCAGUGUUAAAUCAGAAAUAUGCCCCUGGGAGGGGGCUGGAAUGCCGUCAAAAAAACAAGAAGAAGAAGAGCUUUCCAAAGAGGACAGAAGCGUGAUGCAAAAAGCAACAACAGGUCUAGGCAAAACAAUGGAGAAGGGGAGCAGCCAAGAAUCUGUCUACCCCCAGGAGAUCCUGGACUUGGAUAAACCUUCACUAAAACCUGGUACUGGAAGCCAAGAUCUAUCUGAAGGCUCUUCAAAAAAACCAGAUAGGCUGGAGAGCAAGAAGAUAGAGGUUUGUCCCUGGGAAACCAAGGAAAUUGAAACCUGCAUUCAGGCAGAAAUAGGCUCCAGACAAGUGACUGAGGCUUCACCAGAUCCAGGGAAGUCAAGACAAGACAAAGGUGAGGUUUCAAAGGAAAACAAAAGCACCCCACUACCAGCCGCAGCAACAGGUUCUUCUACAAGACUGGAAAAGGGGAGCAGCCAACGAGAAGUUGUCUGUCCUUGGGAGAGCCUGGACAUGGAGGAAUUGCGUACAAAACUUAAAGCACAAAGUCCUGGUCUGAGUAAAACAGCUUCAAAGAAAUCAGAGAGUGUUGAGAGCAAAAGAGCAGAGGUUUGUCCCUGGGAAAUGGAGGAGGAUAAUAUCAGCAUUAGAAAAUCGAAUUGCCCCUGGGAAGGGAGGGAGUCUCCAACAGGUAAGGGAAAACUCGGAAAGAACACAGGUGAGGACACUAAAGGAGACCACAGAGACGCACUGAAAAGGCCGAGUCCAAGACAAAAAAAAUUGCAGCUGAUGAGCCAGCAAGAAGCUAUCUGCCCAUGGGAGAGCACAGACAUGGAGGCAUUGUCUGCAAGCCCCCAGACACAAAGCCCUGCUCUGAGUAAAGCAGGGUCAAGGAAAUCAGAGAGCCUUGAGACCAAAAGGGCAGAGGUAUGUCCCUGGGAAGUGGAGGAGGCAGACUCCAAGGCUAGAGCAGAAAUAUGCCCUUGGGAGGAAAGUGAGACUCCUUCUGAGAAAGGAGUUACAAAACCAGACAAAGAGAAAUGUUUCAAAGGGAAGAAGAGCAUCACACCAGAGGCAAGAGGUCCCUCUAAAACCAUGGAGAAGGGGAGCAGCCAGUGGGAAGUCAUCUGCCCUUGGGAGAGCCUGGACAUGGAGGCAUUGUCUGCAAAGCCUGAUGCACAAAGCCCUGGUCUGCAUAAGGUGGGGUCAAGGAAAUCAGAGAGUAUUGAGAGCAAAAGGGCAGAGAUUUGUCCUUGGGAAAUGGAGGAGGUGGACUCCAGGGUUAGAUCAGAAAUAUGCCCCUGGGAGGGGAGUGAGACCCCAUCAAAUAAAAAAAAGUUAAAACAGCAGAUAGGUAGAGCUUCAAAAGGGGAAAAGAAAGGAUCUAGGGGGAGUGAAGACACAACUUUGAAAAAGAAGAAUGGGUCCAGCCCUCAAGAUUCAACCAGCUCCUGGGGCAGCCUAGACACGGAGGUUUCCACCAUCAAUCCCAACAUAAAAAGACAGCAUCAGUUUAAAAUCCCUUCAAAGAAGUCAGAAAGUGCUGAGAGCAGGAAGGCAGAAAUUUGUCCCUGGGAAAUGGAAGGGGUUGACACAAGUAUAAGAGCAGAAAUAUGCCCCUGGGAGAUGGAUGAAAGUCCAUCAGAGGAAAGAGAGAGAAAGCAGGACAGAGGUGGAGCUUUCAAAGAAGACAAGAGUAUCACAACACAAGCAGCCUUAGCAAGUUCCUCUACAGCACUGGAGAAGUUAAGCAACCAACGAGAGGCCAUCUGUCCCUGGGAGAGCAUAGACAUGAAUGAAUUUUCAGUGAAACUAGGGUCCAGAAACUCCUUCUUGUCCAAAGAUGCCUCCAAAAAAUCAGAAAGCCUUGAGAGCAAAAGGGCAGAGGUUUGUCCUUGGGAAAGUGUAGAGCUGGAGUCCAGCAUUCAAGCAGAAAUAUGCCCCUGGGAAGCAUCUGAAGCUCCAUCACAUAAAGCAAAAUUAAAAAAAGAUAAAGAUGGAACUUCCAAAACCAGGAAAGACAUCUCCCCAAAGACAUCCAGGGCAAAGGAGAUUGGAGGCAGUAUAUUGAAAAAGCCAGAGAAGGGGACCAGUGAGCAAGAGGCCAUCUGCCCUUGGGAGAGCCUGGACAUGGAGAAAUUGUCUACAAAACUUAAGGCACAAAGUCCUGGUCUGAGUAAAGCAGCUUCAAAGAAAUCAGAGAGUGUUGAAAGCAAAAGAGCAGAGGUUUGUCCCUGGGAAACAGAAGAGGUUGAUACCAGCAUUGGAAAAACUAAUUGCCCCUGGGAAGGAAGGGAGCCUCUAAAAGGUAAGGGGAAACUUGGAAAGAACACAGGUGACGACACCAAAGAAGACCACAAAGACACACUGAAAAGGCCAGAUUCAAGGAAAACUGGAGAAACCACAUCUAAAAAACUGCAGCUGAUGAGUCAGCAAGAGGCCAUCUGCCCAUGGGAAAGCACGGAUCUGGAGGCAUUGUCUACAUACCCCUGGGCACAAAGCCCUGCUCUGAGUAAAGCAGGGUCAAGGAAAUCAGACAGUCUUGAAAGCAAAAGGGCAGAGGUUUGUCCCUGGGAAGUGGAGGAGGCAGACUCCAAGGUUAGAGCAGAAAUAUGCCCCUGGGAGGAGAGUGAAGUUCCUCCUGAGAAAGGAGUCACAAAACCGGACAAAGAGAGAUCUUCCAACGGGGCCAAGAGCAUUACAAAUGUAACAGGUCCCUCUAAAACCAUGGAGAAGGGGAGCAGCCAGCGAGAAGUCAUCUGCCCCUGGGAGAGCCUGGACAUGGAAGAAUCCUCUGUGCAACUCAGCCCUAAAAACAGAGACCCAACCAAAGGCUCUACAAAGAAAUCAGUUAGUGUGGAUAACAGGGCAGAGGUUUGUCCCUGGGAAACCGAGGAGGCUGAGUCCAGCAUUAAAAGCAAAAUUUGCCCCCAGGAAGUGACUGGGGCUUCUUCAGAUCAAGGGAAAUUGAGAAAGGAUACAGAUAGGAUUUCCAAAAAGAACAACACAACAGGUUUACGGAGAACUGGAGACAUCACAUAUAAAAGCCUAGAGAAGGAGAAGACUCUGCAGGAGUCCAUCUGCCCUUGGGAAAGCCUGGACAUGGACAACUCCUCUAUAAAAGCCGUGCCUGGAGCAAUCAUAUCGAAGAGAUCUGACAAUGCUGAGAGUAAAAGGUCAGAUAUUUGCCCUUGGGAAGCAGUGGAACCAGGAGCUGUUGGAAAAAAAAGCAUUAAAGAUGAAGUAUGUCCAUGGGAUGUAGCAGGUGCCUCAUUAGUUCAGAUGGAGAAGCAGGCUGUAGAAGCAGCCAGCGCAACUGGCCCUGAGACAUCAGCACUCCAACUAUCCAAACCCACAAGCAGACAAGGCCAGGCUGCACAUCAGCCGCUUCAUCGCAUCCUCCCCAACUCCCAGUCUCUAAAGGCCCUGAGCAGAAGCAGCAGCACAAUGGUAGAUGUGCUCCCUUGGCAAGAGGCUCCAGUCAUGGCCAAACAUCUCAGUAAAGGCAGCACAGUGGUGGUUGAUGUCUGUCCAUGGGUACUGGAAGGAGCUCUGACAGAUCACACUGAAACCAGCCAAAACUUAAAGGCAUGUCCCUGGGAAGCCGAAGACAUUAGUCCCAUCCAUGCCAUGCAGGCUAAGAACAAAUCAGAAGAAAAAAUGAGAGAGGAAGCCAAGGGCCUGAGCCAAAGCAAAACAGACAUCUGUCCAUGGGACUAUAAGUAGCCAGCUCCACACAGGGGAAAGCUGGAUAUGGCUGGUGGUUUUUUUAUAAAAGACAGCAAGAUGCCUUCAGCCAGUGACUACUUCAGUUCUUAAAACAGCCUGCUGCCUGUCCACUAAAUGUGGAUUAGGGCUGCACCUGAAUUCCAAACUACAGGUAGAUUGCACGUGUGACAACAUCCCAUAUGAGGCUACCCUUUGUCAAUUCAGUCAGAGGAUAUGAACCAUGCUUGGGACUGAAGUCACACUAUGGACCACUUGCUGUCAAGGGACAGUCAUGACUUUCUGCCUUCACAGAAAAAAACCCAAGCCAGCUGUGAUACUCUGCACAUUUCAUCUUCUGUUUGUCAACAUGUAGCAGCAGGGUAGUGUAAAGUCGCCCUUGUCAAACCCACGGUAUCAAAGUAUCCAGACCAUCCUCAAAACCAGCCUCACCUGCUUUCACCAACCACGCGUGUGAUGCGAAAUCUGUAAUUCACUAAACAAAAAGUCUUGACCACAAGCUGAACAAGAAGUUGAAUAGUCUUACAUCCAAGAGAGAGAUUCAAAGGAAGAGGCUCGUGUCUGCAGUACAACAAAGAGUGACUUGCAUAUCCUUAUGCAUACAGUUUGAACCAGUUUAAAUUUACAGCUACAUUGAAGUUAAGUUAUGGUCUGAAAUAUGUAGAAUGACUGGGAACUCAAUGAAUGGGUCCAACCAGGAAAGGGAAUGAAAUGAAACCAGAGAUUGAGAUGCACCUUAUACACAAAAUGCCACAUCCUCACCUUCUGGGGACCCAUAAUGAUCCCUUGAGCUAUUUACAUUGAUGCUUCUAUUGUUUCCUCAAUUCACUGACCCCGUUCCACUUGUACCUAUAAGCCCCAUCCUGCAAUGCUCAUCUCCAGCGAGGUGCUGAGCACCUUUCUGUUGACUGCUAUUGUUUAUGGUUGGUCGGGGGGAGGGGGAGUAUGGCACCAAUCAAGAUCAGUGCUCCACAGUGCAAGGUGGUAUACAGACCCAUGAAAGGAGGCAGUUCUUGCAGUAAAGAACUAUCAUUAGCAGCUGACUUGAGAUGACAAGUGAAGAAAAUGCACAAGGUCGGGGAGAAUGGGGCAAUAGGGGAAUCAUCUACCAAACAGCAACCUCAGCUCACUGGUAGGGCAAUGAUUUGAAGCCAAUGGAAAUAGAGGAUCCUGGGUCAUCAUUGGCAGGAUCAGGCUCCAAACAUCAAACUCUAUAUUGUUCUUUGAGCAGAGUCAAGUGAAACAACAGUUCUGAUGAUAUGCAGGGAGAGACCGAGUGUAAAGAUGACAUUAAAGAGAGGAGGAAAGCUGCUUUACAACAUGCCCCACAACCAGCCUGCCCUCUCCUCCAGUGCUGCCACCAUCUUAAUUUUAAUGAAGGGCAAUUGCAGGUAUCCAGUUUAGUGCCAGUCAGGCUCUAGAGCUUGGGAUGAACAGCUGCUGCUUGUGUUCUGACUCCAUCCCAUGUCAGUUUGUUUCCCUGAUUUAAAGGUGGUUAUUUUUAAAUUGCCCACAUGGGACUUCCACAGAUCCAAAACAAACCUGCCAGCAGUUUUGUUUUGCUGUGGUCUGAUGAAGGUGGCCCCAUGCCUGAAUGCUGCAAUUCAGUGAUUCCCAAAGCUGCUUCUCUUUUCUGUUGCCAGAAUUCUCUGCCCAUCAUCCCAGGAAGUAAAUUAGCCCCUGGGUCAUUCCACUUUGCUUUUAGAAAUCUCUGUUAAGGACUGUGCGACUAGCUACAUAGCACUGUUGUUACUAUUGCAGAAAUUUGACCAUAAGCGGAUCCAGUCUUAACUAACAAACCAUUAACUUUCCAAAGCACUUUGUCACUACCAGUUGGGGGGGGGGGGGGUCUGUGCAAACAUGCCUAGGGUUCCAAUUCAACUUCCUGUCAGACUAUAAUCUAUCCAGGAAGUGUAAUAGCUUUUACCAACAGUAUUUUCACUGCCUAUAGCAAGCCUUCACUUCUAGUAUCCAGAUGAUGUCCUUAUGCUGGAUGCCUUGACUGCCCUGUGUUCUACACUUGCAUCCACACAUUGUCACCAAUCCUUGUGGGGAGGAGAUGCGAGACCUGCCAUUAGGAAGCACAGCCCCAAAAGCACCUCAUCCCACAGCCUGAGGGAGGGCUCCAGAUGGAAGUAGGGGAGGGAAGGAAGAGUAGCAUUCUGGGAGCAAGCAUGCAAGGAGCAAUGAGAGGACUCCUCAAGCUGUGCAUGCAGUAGGUUCACACAAGUGAAUAGGGCAACUCCAUUUGCAAUAUGCAGUCAGAAAAACUCCAGGGAUAGGAAAUCAGAGAUGCUGUUGGGUGGGAACCAAGGUGCCCUGGCAGACAUGCAUAUGGGAAGUCAGCACAGUGCCUAUCUGUGCACCCUGUGCCUGUCUCAAGACAGGGCCUCACUUUCACUAGGACCACAGUUCGCUGCCUACCCCCAAACUACAUGGGAACUACACAGAGGAAGGCAGUUAUCUUCCUCCCUUUUGGAUCUUCCACAGGUAGAGACCCGGUACUUCUCAGCUGUGGUGGCAAAUGGAAUGUGAGAUGAUUAUGGGCAACAGGGCAGGAAGGGAAAUGCAAAGCAAAGCUUUACCCAGUAGGAAAGAAAUAUGGAAGAGCAGGGGCUGGUGUUAGAUUUUACAGGUCCCAGUUCAAUGAUCUGCUCACCAGUGAUUCUAGUGGCAUUUCCAGGUAGCUCUACCUAUACACAUGGGAGCCUAUAGGGGAAUGGUUGGGACAGAGAUGCAGGCUCUACUGACAUAGCUAGCUGCUCCUUUGUCCCUUUCUCCUUCCCUCUGGGUUUAAGGGCUGUUCAGGACAGCAGCAUCCUCUGUGUGUUAUCCCUGCCUCUGGUCCCAUUCAGAUGGGAUCAGCAAAAAUCAGAGAAAACAGAAGUGAAGACCUCAGCCUCAUCCCUGAGCUGUUGCUGGGCGCUGAGAUUUUCUCCCACUUCUCUUUGUCAAACUUGUCCUUUACUUCUACUCUGUCCUUAGGAAGUGGCAUUGCUGUAGUGUGCAGUCUGUGACUUCGCUCAGCACUGAAUGUCAAACAAUGAGAUCAUCCAAUUAUGUAAGAAAAUGUAUAUACAGAGAAUAAAGAAUAUUAUCUAUA